CCCUUCCUUCUUCUUGUAUAUAUAUCUUCACCCAUUCACUCCUCUCUUCAUAUCCCCCUCCAUCCUCUCUAUACUCUUCUUCUUCAUUGUUUGUAUCUUGGUUUAGUUGGUGUGCAAAAACAAAGCAAUAUGGGUGAGAUAUCUUGUGCUAGCGAGCCGAUUAAUGGAGUCUUGAGUCGCUCGUCUUCAUCCCCACCGCCUAGUGGCUACAGGAAGAGUUGUUGGUACGAGGAAGAGAUCGAGGAGAACUUGCGAUGGUGCUUCGCUCUCAAUAGUAUUUUACAUACAGGAUCCACCCAGUACCAGGAGAUUGCCCUGUUCGACACAAAACCCUUCGGCAAGGCGCUUGUUAUUGAUGGGAAGCUUCAGAGUGCAGAGGUGGAUGAGUUCAUUUACCAUGAAUGCCUUGUCCAUCCACCCCUCCUUCAUCAUCCCAAUCCGAAGACGGUGUUCAUCAUGGGAGGAGGUGAGGGCUCAACAGCCAGAGAGAUCCUCAAACACAGAACCGUGGACAAGGUUGUAAUGUGCGACAUUGACGAGGAAGUGGUGGAGUUCUGCAAGGAGUACUUGGUUGUGAACACUGAUGCAUUCAAUGAUCCCAGGCUUAAUGUCAUAAUCAAUGAUGCCAGGUGAUUAAUCAAACCAAUUACCACCUUCGAGUUUUAGGCUAAUAGCAUGCUGCUGUUGUUAUUAGUCUUUGUUAAUGGGGGAAUGGGCUUUUGAUUGGGCCAGGGCUGAGCUAGAGAAUAGAAAGGAAGAGAAGUUUGAUGUGAUAGUUGGGGAUUUGGCCGACCCAAUAGAAGGAGGCCCAUGCUACAAGCUCUACACCAAAUCCUUCUACGAGUCCACUGUCAAGCCCAGGCUGACUCAGGGGGGCAUUUUCGUCACUCAGGCUGGACCGGCUGGGAUUUUCAGCCACACUGAAGUGUAUACAUGCAUCUACAACACUCUGAGGCAGGUGUUCAAAUAUGUUGUGCCUUAUGCUGCUCACAUUCCUUCCUAUGCUGACACUUGGGGAUGGGUCAUGGCUUCGGACAGUCCAUUGGAGCUAAGUUGUGAAGAGAUGGACCUGAGAAUCAAGCAGAGAGUGGAAGGGGAGAACAAGUACUUAGAUGGAACCACCUUCUCCUCUGUCACUACCUUAAACAAAGUUGUCCGAAAUGCGUUGUACGAUGAGACGCACGUUUACACGGAAGGAACAGCUAGAUUCAUUUACGGCCAUGGGAAAAAUGACCUUUAAGACAAACCGUGAAAAAGAAGAAGAAAAAUCUUGGAGAGAAGUUGUGAAUGCGAAGGAAUGCAGAAGAAUCGCCAAAUGAAAUUAUAUUAUAUGCGACAUCUUUAUAUAUUGAUUGAUGAAAUGCACUGUAUUUCUUUACUUUGGAUAUAUGGCGUAUUUGUAAGUUAAUUAUGUAGUCUCCUUUUUCAACCAAACGACAUCAUGAUAUGAUAUAUCCUCAUUUGGUGUGUGAAAAAUGAUGGCAUAGUUGUCUUAUGUCGUUGACUUGCGUUGAUAAUGAGAAUCAUCUUAAAGUAGACUAUAUUAUUUUUGUAAUAGCAUCUCACUUGAUAAACAAGGCAGCUUUGACAAUUGCAC